CCAUGGUCUAUUCUGCUGUUCCAGGGCAACGCUGCGGGCGACCGGGGCAUCCUGUGGGUGCGCGCGCGCAUCCAGCGCCACCUGCGCUCUCUGGGCGACAUCCUCGACGCGCACGCCGGCAAGUUCCUGUUCGUCAGCCUGCUCGCCCUCGCCACCUUCUCCGUCGGCCUCAAGAGCGUCACGUGCCACUCGGACAUCGAGCUGCUGUGGGCCGAGCCCGAAGCAGCGCCCGAGGCGGCGCCCGCCGAGAUGCUCUCGACGCACCAGAUGAUUGUGCAAACAGGUGUCGACCCAGACGUGGACCUCCUUCACCCCCAUGGCCUCCUUGAACACCUCGCUCUAGUCCAGAAAGCAACUCAAGUCACCGUCACGAUGUUCGACAUCACUUGGCGUCUCAAAGACUUCUGCCAGUCGCCGCCAAUACCGAAUUUCGAUGCGCACUUCAUACAGCAAAUGUUCGAGAACAUGAUGCCGUGCUCCAUCGUCACGCCACUGGACUGUUUUUGGGAGGGGUCGAAAUUGCUGGGGCCCGAAUAUCCAGUGUAUAUACCAUAUGGCAUCGGCAACCAAAUAAAAUGGACCAACCUCAACCCUAGCGAACUAGUCUCCCAAAUGAAACAGAAAGAAUCCCAGUUCGACUAUCACUCUCUGGAGGAUUACCUGAGACGAGCAGGCAUCACGACCGGGUACCAGGAGAAGCCCUGCUUGAAUCCCAAAGACCCCGACUGCCCUAACGGCGCUCCGAACAAAAAUCAAACGCAUCCCCUGGACAUCGGGGCAGAGCUGACCAGCGGCUGCUAUGGUUUCCUUCCGAAAUACAUGCACUGGCCCGAAGAACUGAUCAUCGGCGACAUUCAGAAGAAUAAGUCGGGGCACAUCAAGAAGGCCAAGGCAUUGCAGACCAUCGUGCAGCUCAUGGGGGAGCACGAGAUGUACGAGUUCUGGUCUGGGCAUUUCAAGGUGCAGCAUACGGGGUGGAGCAAAGAAAAGGCUACAGUUGUUCUACAUGCUUGGCAGAAAAAGUUUGCAGAGGAAAUAGAGCGUCUAUCAAAAAGCAAGAACCCCUCGUCGUCCUACCUGUUCUACACCUUCUCAACAGCGAAUGUAAAUAAAAUUCUCAAAGAAUACUCGCGCUCGGACCUAGUGAAACUUGGUGUCGUGUUAGGUUUAACCUGCGUGUACGGUUGGAUCGCGCACUCCGGCCUCGCAACCUUAGGUGUUCUAGUCUUAGCAAGCUCCACGGCAGCAGCGCUGGGAGUCUGCAGCCUCAUAGGCCUCCCGAUGAACCUUCUCAGCACGCACGUGUUACCCUUCGUGACUGUGGGACUCGCCAUGCGGGAGAUGUUCCUCAUUCUUUCUACACACACGCGAAAACUUUUGCCAUCCGAAGUGCUUCAAAGGACAGGACCGAGUAUCAUAUCGGCAGCGCUCAUCAAUUCCGGGGCGUUCGUAGUCGCGGCCAUUUUGCCAAUACCUGCGUUGAGGGUGUUCUGUUUGCAGUGCGCGAUCAUGAUUGUGUUUCAUAGUACAGCCUUGCUUAUUAUGUUUCCGUCGUUUCUUGCCUUGCAGCAAAGGUGUCAAAAAGCUGACGUACCUUGCUUCAGGACAGAGACGAAGAAAAAAGUAGGCAGCAAAGCAAAGGAUGUUGACCUGGAGCAUGGGAACAAUUUACUCACUGCCGAACAGGUCUGUCAACAAAAAAAGAGCCUUAUAUCUUGGUGUGUUACACGUUACCUGACCUCCGUGCUUCUGCAGCCCUUCAUGAAGGGUCUAGUGUGCGUCACUUAUGUGGUACUAAUUAUUUUUUGUGUAUUCAAUGGACUGAAGUUAGAAUUCGAUGUAAGACUGUCAACAUUUUUACCGAAAAAUACCCAAGAGUACAAAUACUUAGAAGCGCAAAACAAGUUCUUUGGCUUUUAUAACUUUUAUCUGGUUACCACUGAAUUGGAGUAUCCGUUGAAUCAACCUCUUUUAUAUGAAUACCAUUCCUCUCUUACUAAAGUUCCUCACGUCUUAAAGGAUUCCAAUGGAGGCUUGAACAUGAAUGACUUCUGGCUAGCAAAUUUCCGGGACUAUCUCAUUGAUCUCCAGCAAGAGUUCGACUACAGUCGGAACACUAGCUGCGUGAAUAGCGAAAAGUGGUUUUCGAAUGCCACAGAAAAAGCAGUAUUAGCGUUCAAGUUACUAGCGCAAACUGGAAUCGUUGAAUUUCCGGUAGAUAAAAGUCAAAUAUUCAAGAAAAGACUGGUUCAGAAUGAUAUUAUAGAUCCCAAAGCAUUUUAUAAUUAUUUAUCAGUAUGGAGUAGCAACGAUCAGAUCGCAUAUUCAAGUUCGCAAGCUAAUCUUACACCAAAACCUUUUGAAUACUACACUUCCAAAGGUGAGUUUGAUUUGAAAAUUCUCAAGUCCCAACCUCUAGUUCAUACCCAGAUGCCCUUCUACCUAAAAAACCUCAAAAACACCAAUAGUAUUAUAAAGACUCUGAGGCAAAUAAAAGAAAUAUCGGAGUCUUUCAACGAAAGGGGAUUGAAAAAUUAUCCGAUGGGACUCAUCCUUGCCUACUAUAAUCAGUUCCUACUAUUUGAUCGAUUAUUGGCUGCUCAAUUGGUGUUGACCCUGAUAUCAGCAGCAAUAGUCGCAUGUGUUCUGGUCCAGUGGACUAAACUCUGGUGCGCACUGUUCACCACCUUAGUGUGUAUGUUGUUACUAUUAUUGAUAAGUGUUAAUGCACUGAGUGGAACAAUGGGUACCAUACAUUUCAUAAUAAUAAGUAGAAAUGUAUUUUUAAUACUGACUGGUUUCCUAAGUGCCCUCGGUAGCAGGGAACGUCGUGUGAGAUUGUCACUGGAAGUAAACUCAGAGCCCAUUAUGAAAGGUGAUAUAGGGCUAGUCAUCUGUACUUCAGUAUUAGCCACUUCACAAUUCGAAUUCAUCAACACUCACUUAUUUUCCCUAGUGUUAUUAUCAGUUUGUAGUUCGCUAGCCAAUUCAUUUGUGUUCUUCCCUCUCAUGCUUGCUCUAGUUGGCCCCAAGGCUGAGUUACAGCCCCUGGAGCACAGCGAUAGGAUUUCCACUCCCCCUCCCCCUACUCCUUCUCCAGUGCCCGUUAGAACUGGCUUCUCGAAACCGUCGAAGCGGAGCGCAUCCGCUAAAACAACGCGAGAACCUAGUUUGACCACGAUAACUGAAGAAAGCUGUAAUCAGAGUAUCACGGUCGAACCGCAAGUUACUGUAGAGUAUAGUAGUCCAGAAUCUAGUUCUAGCGGUCCAUUCACGACCAAAGUCACUGCCACGACUAAUAUCAAAGUUGAAUUAGUCGCCCCUGUAUAUAGAUCAAGUAAGUGUAAUCACAAAUGUCAUAGAUCUUGUAAGUGCGACAGACGAAAAAAGCAAGAGCAAAAACAGUGCCGUUGUUGUAAACAAGACUCAAAUAGUAGUGACAGCAAUGCAGACGCUGACCAGUGUCCAAGUAGCUAACGUAUUGUUACCAUGUAAGGAAUCAAUGUAAGAUAUGUUUAUAUUGAAUAUAUGUAUACCAAACAUUUAUUUAUUCAAACGAAAACCAUGUAAGAUAGAAAACUAAGUUAAUGAACGAAUACUUAACGGGUGAGUGCGGAACCAGGUACACGCCUAUUUGAACACAAUAUUUACUGAUUUGUAAACACUGCAUGAGUUUUGCUCCAUUAGUUUUGAACCGGACUGAAUAGGAUAUUUCGGAUAUUAACUGAAUUGAAUCACAGAAAGUAUUUUUGUAAUUGAUGAAGUCAAAAAUGAUAUCUUAUUUUAAAGAUGAAUAAAAUAUAUCAAAUUGAAUGUUCAUUCUCCACUAUCAAAUUAUUGCUUUAACACAUAAGUAGGUACCAAAAGUUGAUACUUGUGAUGACGUAACAUUUAAUUUUGGAAUUUUUUAUCUUAUCCUAGCUACCUGAAAGUCUUGAGGAGGAUGGCUAAUGCAGUAUUUAUUUUUUAUUUUUUUUCAUUAAUGUUAAUCUCAGAUGCAUGGAUCCAGACAAUUUUGCCACUUGAUUAGAGUUACACCUCGAGUUACACACUUGCAGAGCUGAGUAUUAUUUAUUAUGUCAAAUACUUUCCUGUAUUUAUAUACCAUUUAGUAUUCCAAUGCCUGGUACAAGUAAUUAUAUUCUUACUUACGAUUCUUCUCCUUCUAAUUAUUUGUUGAAAUAUAUUUGAAUCUUAUUAUUUGCAAACAUUCUAGUAAAAUAUUUGAGGAGCAUUUGAAUAUUUCCGAAAUAUUCGAAUACCCCAAUAAUAGGUAGGUAAAAUACUUAUUGAAAAUUAGCUCCUACUUUUGUGAUGAGAAAUCAUGUAUUUGAAUAGUUCGCGAAUUCAAAUACUUAUCAUAGAAAUAUUUGGAUACUUUGGAGAUAUUUAAAUAUUUUGAAAAUAUUCAUACGCCCUGAAAGUAUUUGAAUCUUCUCAAAAAAUGUAAAACUCACUAUGAAAUAUUCAAAUAACUUCAUAUUUAUUAUUUGAAUAGUUAUCGACCAUUUUACAUAUUCAAUAUUUGAAUCUCUUCAAUCCAUCAAGUAUUUGAUACUUAACAAUAGAAUACUUGUUUUAAGUAUUUACCCAGCUCUGCAUUUGAAUUCCAUUCCAAAUUGCAUAAUCCAAAAAAUGAUCUUAUUGAAACCCUCACACUAUAUCGAUUGGGUUUUAUGUUUUAUCAGUGUGAAAGCAGCCAGGCGUUUCUAUCCACGUUUCGACGCAAGGUGUAUCGCGCGACCAUAACGUUGAUAAAACACAUACUUCAAAUUACAUUUUAUGGAUUGAAAGUAUAGAAUUGAUUGAUUCACAUGAAUACAUAUAUUAGGUAUAAGAAUGUAUUUGGUAAAUUACAUCGAUAUAACACUCAACAAUCUGUCGGGCAUGUUUUCACGCUGAAUCAUACACCCCGAAUCCACCCCUGUCAUUAACCAUCACAUUUACAAUAACUUCAUGAGAAGAAAUCAAUUUUAUAUUCCGAAUUUGAAAAAUUAUGAUUUUUCAGGGUUGAAGGUUUCUUCGUUAGUUCGAGAGGUGGAUUCGGGAUGAAUCCUUGCGCGGCAAAAUAUUGGGUGUCGACGAUAUCAUUCACCAUCCUAUUUACUAUAACUUUAUGAGAAAAAACUAGUUUUAUAUUCCGAAUUCAAAAGCUUCUGAUUUCUCAAACUUGAAGAUUUUCUCCUAAGUUCGACGGGAGGAUUUCAGUUGAAAACUGCCCGGCAAAAUACUGGGUGUCGAAGAUAUUAUUCACCAUCUCAUUUGAUAUAACUAUGAGGAGAAAAGAAUUAUUACGAAUUUGAAAACUUACAAUUUUUCAAAAUUGAUGAUUUUAUGCUAUGUUCGAUGGUAGGAUUCAGGGUGAAAACUUACCCGGCAAUUCUUUAAGAGUUAUAGAUGUCAUUAACCAUCACAUUUACAAUAACUGCAUG